AUAAAUAAACCAGUGGGUCGGAUAAGUGAAGGGGAUUUCUUGUGAAGUUUGUAAAUAGCUUAUCGAGCUCGCACUCAGCACUGCGGGGAUUACUCAAACUAACCUCGGAGAUGAGUUAAAAUUACCUUCAUCCCGUGCUAAAAGAGCUCGUCAGGAUGAUUCCUGUGGUGCCCGAGUUGUUCACUCAUGUUUUGGCUGAGUUUGACAAUUUUGACCCUUUAAUUUCUGCCCUGCGCCUGGAUUCAGGCAGACUUAAGUGCAUAUGCCUUGCAGUGUCACGGAAAUGGCUUGCUCUUGGCACGUCAGCAGGAGGACUGCACCUCAUCCAGAGAGAUGGAUGGAAACAGAGACUUAUCCUCUCCCACAAGGAGGGUGCAGUCACGCAUGUAGCAUGUUGCCCUCACGAUGAAGACUUUAUUACUGUAGCAACAAGUGAGGGUCUUGUAGUGAUUUGGGAGCUGCAGGUAGAGCAGCGAGGGCGUCCAAAGCGGGCAUGUGUAUCAUGGGAGCACAGCGGCCAGGCCAUAACAGCUCUGUGUUGGGAUACAGCAGCCCUACGAGUGUUUAUUGGGGACGCAGCAGGGAAAGUGUCUUUUGUACGUGCUGGUACCUCCAAACUCGGCAAGGGUUCAGGAUUUGUGAUCUUCCCAGUUCAGAACAUCACUACAGUUGACUCUCAUGUGGUACAGUUGGGAUACCUGGAGGGUCAUCUGCUGGUUUCUUCUCUUAGCCGGUGCUACCUCUGUGACACCGAAAGGGAGAAGUUUUGGCGAGUGGGGAAUAAGGAGCGUGACGGAGAGUACGGAGCUUGUUUUUUGCCACAGCAGCAGACCGGAUCAAGGACACCAGGGGCAGGCACUGCUCAUCUCGUGUACUGCGCUCGACCAGGCUCGCGCAUUUGGGAGGCCAACUUCAGUGGAGAGGUGCUUAGCACCCAUCAGUUUAAACAGUUGCUUGCCUGCCCUGCUCUGCCUCUCAUCUCUUGCAAGAAUGAGCCACAUUAUAACCCAGGUCAGAGGAGUCCUCAGUCCCUUGCCUUUCCUCGACUUCUUCACCUCAGUGAUCAUAACCUCCUGACAUGGACAGACUCUGCCAUUUAUAUCUUUACACCCCACAGUGGGCAGGUUUUGCUAUGGACGAAAAUGAAAGAUAUUGUAGACAUAGCAGUGUUUCGCAAUGAACUGUUUUGUCUCCAUGGUGAUGGACAUUUGUCUCAUCUGCUGUUGAUGCCUGCUGAACGCUGUGUGGAGAGACUGAUGAAGCGAGAGAGCUGGACACUGGCUGCUACUGUCUGUUGCAUGUUCCAGCACGCUAUAGUAACAUGCAGGGCAAGAAAGACCAUCCCUAUUGAUCGCUUGGAGCAUCUCAAGGCCCAGCUAAACCCCGCCUCCCAGCAGGAGCUGAUUGGUCAACUGGAUGCAUUGAUCAGCAAAUUGGAACCUUUGGACUCUGCCUGUAGCAGUCGCAGAAGCAGUAUCUCUUCUCAUGAAAGCUUCAGUGUGCUGGACUGUGGCAUCUACCGCGUCAUCAGCCGUAGAGGCAGCCAGUCAGACGAUGACACCAGCUCCCUCCUUAGCCAGUCAAUCCUGGAGGAUGAAAGGAUGAAGGAGUUUAGCUUUACUCAGGAGGAGGAGCAGGUGGAGCCUGACCCCCAGUCAUGUGUGCGUGUAGAGGGGGACAAAUCAGAUCUCGGCCUGCAGUUCCACCUCCCACUCUCAUUCCGUCCAAAACCACCACUCACCGCACUGCAGGCUGUUAAAGACAGUGUUUCAAGCUUUGUGAAGAAAACUACGGAAAAAAUCAACAAUCUGCAGAUGAACUCUGACCUCUGGCCCCGACCUGACCAUAGGGAUGGUGGACAGGGUGAGGUUGCACCCUCACUGACUUCUUGUCCGGACGAAGUAGACGAUGGGGAGACUUGUGAGCAAGCAGAGAAUGAGUUACACGAGCUAAGGGUGGCAACAGAGAAAGCCAUCUUACAGAUCCAGGACCCUCUCGUUCUCUUGGAUCCCAGGUGCUUGACAGAAGUGCUUCUAGAGUGGAUCCCUGUCCUAGAAAGGGUCUUGGGUCCAGAGAACCCCAGCAGCAGAGAGAGGGAGAAUGAGGAGAUAAAGGAAGAGAAGAACGGCUUGGAAAUGGAAGAUGAUGACUCGGGCAGCCAAGCCUGUUCUGCUGUCCCUCAGGAUGACCAUGGAGUAGGACACCGGUCAGAAUCGGAGCACACCUCAAACCUUCUAGAGGAAGAAAGCCUCACAGACACUAACCUCAGCUCCACUGAUUUAAUUACGGUGUCUGCAGUCGCUAUUGUAGCUCCAGUGGCAUACACCUUGCCCUCAGACCUCCAGGAUGACCUCUCUCAACUUGCAUGCCUCUACAUGGACUUGGGCUGCCCAGGUGGAAUAAGUGACGGAGGGGUGGAGAGGGUUUGUGUGUUUCUGCGGAAGUUCUUUUUCCUGCUGGAUAGGGAGAGAGUGAGGAAGAUGUGCACUUUGAGGUACAGGGAGCAGCCAGACAUCCUAAAUACCUACAUUGCUUGCAUGCUAGAGUUUACCCAGGCCAGUAAAGUGGUGGAAGUCAUUCAGAAAGGAGAUUUACUGAAGUCACUGCGCAGUCUGAGAGAGCUGCAGCCCUGGAAUGCUCCAGUGCUCCUCACACACCUUUACAGACUGUAUGAAAAGCAUGGAGAGAUGGCCGUUCGGGCAUAUCCCCAGUUCUAUCCUACAAUCCUCCCCUCUGACAUCAUCGCCAUGGUCCAGCCAAGUCACUUUUUGCCUUAUCUAGACAACCUGGUUCAGUCACAAGCUGAAGAACAAAGACUCUCCUUUUUAGGGUCACUCCUUCAGCCUGAGACACUACGACAAGUUUGGUUGGAUCUAGCUCUUAGCCAUGAUGCACCACGGAAAGAUGAUACGUUGACAGCUGACGGACACCCAAAGUGGCACUCUCAUUACUUCUGCUGGGGUUAUGGGCGUCUGCUGUCUUUGCUGAUCCGCCUCCCUGCCGACUUCGACUCCAAACAGAAGAUGAUGGAGUCGUGCAGACUUCAUGGUUUCUGGACAGGAUAUCUCUAUCUGUGCAAAGAACUGCAAAGGCGCACUGAGGCUUUCUCUGCCAUCUGUAGAUUGGAUGAUAUGAGUCUACUAGAGGAACCCAAUGGUAUUGUUCCACAGACCAUGGAAGAAUGGAUGUUCCUGAUUCAGCUUUGUCAACAGAGAAACUCCAUGAGCCCUUCAACAGCCAUUUCACUUCUCCCUUCUGACCCUAACAUCUGCCCCUCCAUGCCCAAUACAGUUAAUGGCACCAGUGCCGAUAACUGUGUGAAUAACACCAAUGGUAAAGGUGGUGAUGAUGAUGAUGAUGAUGAUGAUAGGCCCUUUGACCCGAUCAAUGGUUCAGCAGAUUGGAGCAGCCAAAUCAGUAUGGAGAAGUUAGUACUGUGCCUGGCGCGGAUUGUAGGGCCUGACCAGGCCCUAGCAGCGCUGCAGGAGUGUGGGCUGCACUUGGAGCUGAACACUCACGCUACGCUGGUGUGUGAGCUCCUGAGAGUGGCAGAGAAGAGGCAGAGAGCUCUGAUCCAGACCAUGCUGGAGCGCUGUGAUCGGUUCCUCUGGUCUCAGCAGGCCUAAUGAAGAAUCGUCUUCUCUGAUCUGCUCAUGUCCUGACUGAACCCCUUCAUAAACCCCUGGGACAUUCUGCCUGCACACUUCUAGCUUCUCCACUACAGUCUGCUUUCAUAUGUCCAAGAUCCUAGGUAUAUUACUCUCAGCGUCUACGUGUUUGUCUGAAUCCAGUUUUACUUUUCACUAUCAGCUGGUUCAGUGUUGUUGAUCAGAUUGUAGUUUAGCACUCUUUCUCUGGGACACUUUGUUUUUUGUUCUUUUGAGCCAUUUUAAUAAAUAAUAAUAAUAAGUUCAAUUUAUAUAGCGCCUUUCUCAAAACCCAAGGUCGCCUUACAGUUAUAGGGAAUAAAUAAAUAAAGUCCACCAAAUAGAGGCCAGGAUGUCAUCCCAAUGGUGUAGCAGCCAGAGUCCCACCAAAAGGCGCACGAAAACAAGUCCUACACCACCGGCACAGCUGCUGCGACGAUGCCAGCAACAUCACUUGGAACACCACGCCAUGGAUCCACAAAGCGAGCACAGAAGCACUGCCACACAGAGCGCCGGUAUGUCUCAAACCGCCUGCACAGCCGCCGCGACGACACCAAGCAACAUCGGUCGGAACACCACGCCAAGCACUAAAGCACAGAGCGCUGGAUAACCACGAUGUUAAAAUGAGCAACGAGCUCACUGCAGUCCAUAGCUGGGAGCACAGGCAUCACCCACAGCGAACCAAGGCCUGGAGGGAACCGACGCCCAAAACCGGGUCUGGAGCUACACCACAACCGGCGGACAAAAACAAACAUCAAAUUACACAAACACUAAAUAAAUAAAUAAAUAAAUAAAAUAAAGAGAGAGAAAAUAAAAUUAAAAAAGCUCCGGUAAAUAAAUAGGAUGUGUUCCCACAAAAUGAGUCCAGUGUAGUCUUCUGAGAUUUAUCAAUUUGAAAUGAGAGUGCAUAUAAUGUAAAGUAACCUAUAACUAUGACUUUUUGUAGGCCAAAUAAAUGUGUGCUAUGCAUUAAUUUCAGUUUACACAUCAUUACGUUUAUAGCCGAUUUUCUCCAAACUUGAUUUCCUGUUAAGAUGGUGAUACCUUAAAUCUUUUCACUAAUUUAUCUGAAUUGGCUGUACUAAAUUCAGCAAACGACCCCUUAUUUUAAGAUAAUUAACAAUAGAUUUAGAAUAUUCAAUGAAACCUUUAAUUUUUUUUUUAGCAACUGAACUCAUUUUGCCCUGCCUCUCGCCCAUAGUCAGCUGGCAUAGGCUCCAGCUUGCCUGCGACCCUGUACAGGAUAAGUGGCUACAGAUAAUGGAUGGAUGAACUCAUUUUGUGGUGACGCACUUCAAAUUAUGUUUUUGGUGCUCUUUAAAGCAAAAUUUUACUUUCAGAUGCAGUUUUUCAACGAUAAGUUUGCAAUUAUGCUAUGUAGCUGUGUGUGAGAAUAUCCAGACCAACAUGUCAGGCAGGUUUGUUUGCUAAACACUCCUAAAAAUGUUCAAAUACUGUCUUGAGAAAAAUGAACUUAUUUGAAAAUAUGCUUUGCUUAACAGAGUGAGUUGUAUUUAUACACCAUGUACUAAACCCAUUUUAUUUGUAUUUUUUAUAUUUAUUGGAAAUAAUGUUUCACAGAAGCUCAAACCUUACCUUAAAUCAUUCUUUUUACUGUUACAUAAACAUGUAUUAACUGUGUAAAUUUCAUGUCUUUUUCUGCCUGGUCCCAUUUGUUGUAGCUGCUGAACUUUCAGUUAUGAUUGUAUUUUAACAGUAUUAACAAUUUUUCAUAAUAUUUUUAAAUAUUAUUUGCUUAGAGUUAUUUCUCUAUUGAAUUGAACUUUCUUUUAAAAUACAGUACCAGUCAAAAGUUUGGACACACCUCCAAUCCAAUCCAAUGUUUUUUCUGUAUUUUUAUGAAUUAAAAGUCACUUCAUGUCUUAAAGUAAUGAUGGAUGUUUUUUCUCUUUACUUAGUUGAGCGGUUCUUGACAUAAUAUGGAUUACUACAGUUGUGGAAUAAGGCUAUUUACUGUAUUAUUAUUAUUUACUGUUUGAUCUCAAACACAUUAAGAAGGCAAGAAAUUGCACUAAUUAACUUUUGACAAGGCACCUGUUAAUUGAAAAGCAUUCCAGGUGACUCCUUCAUGAAGCUGGUUAAGAUAACGCCAAUAGUGUGCAAAGUGUCAUCAAGGCAAACGCUGGCUACUUUGAAGAAUCUAAAAUGUGAAACAUAUUUUGUUCUUUUUUAACAGUUUUUGUUUACUGCAUAAUUCCAUAUAUGUUCCAUGUUUUGAUGUCUUCCGUAUUGUUCUACAAUGUAGAAAAUAGUCAAAAUACAGAAAAACCUAUGAAUGAGUCGGGGUGUCCAAACUUUUGACUGGUACUGUACAUGGACAUGUAUAUGAACAAAAAUUGGAUACGAACAAAUUCCUUAUACAUGUUUAAUGCACAUUUUUAGUUGAAUACUUUUAUAGAGUUGUAUCUUAAGAUUAUGUAAUAAAAUAAGAGUGCGUAUUGUAUAAACUUUGUUUUGCCAUAGGCUUGCAGCCAUGGCUAGUGUGACGAUAAUAAACAUGUCUAAUGUAAGAA